CGCGUUGGGAGAGAGCGGUUGUUAUAGCAACGGGAAACAACUAAACGAAACUUUCUCGCGUGUACACGAAGUCAUCCGAAGCUUUAUACUACAACGUAGAGUUUGAAACAUUCCUGGACAUUUUCUGGACACUUCCACAUUACAAGCAUGAUGGUCCCGACUGACUCCUUGCUGAAGUAUGAUUAUCCGGUGCUGGUGAGCAAGAACACAGAGAGGAAGUCUCCAAGGAGUCGCCCUUUGAAAGUGUGUCCCCAAAAGAUGGUCGAGAGCGGCCCAGUCCCUCUUCCACCCAAACCUAAGAGCCCCUCAGCGGAUACCAGCAAACAGCAGACUGAAGAGAUCCUGAAUGCCAUUCUACCACCAAGGGAAUGGAUGGAGGACAACCAGUUGUGGGUGCAGCCGGUGUCCAGUGCUCCGUGCACACGCAUGGACGUUAUUCAUUUGCAAGAACAGCUGGACAGAAGCCUGCAGGAAAGACAGGCCAGAGAGACUGGCAUCUGCCCUGUGCGCAGGGAGCUCUACUCUCAGUGCUUCGAUGAGUUAAUCAGACAGAUCACCAUUAACUGUGCUGAGCGGGGCCUCCUGCUGUUGCAAGUUAGAGACGAGAUUCGGAUGACCAUCGCUGCCUAUCAAACACUGUAUGAGAGCAGCGUGGCCUUUGGCAUGAGGAAAGCACUUCAAGCAGAGCAUGGAAUGGCUGACAUGGAGAACAAGAUUUUAGAGCUGGAGGGUGAGAAGCGAGAUUUGGAGAGGUUGCUGAACGAGCAGAAGGCUAAAUGUGAGGCCAUCGAGAGACGGGAAGCAGAACGGCGGGAAAUUGAGGAAAAGAAGCAUGCUGAAGAGGUUCAGUUCCUCAAACGAACUAAUCAGCAACUCAAGGCACAACUGGAGGGCAUAAUUACCCUGAGGAAUAAGGCUUAAAUAUUAUUAGAAUAAUAAUACACUUACUCUCAUACCCUUUUAAUUAAUAAAACCUUUAUCAAAGCACCUGUGUUGAGUAUUUAU